CUUAAGUUUCUCUGGGUGCUGUAAACAGAGCUGGCUUGGAGCCUCAGCCCUCUGCCUUUCUCUUCUCUUCCACCUUUUGUUAGGGAUCCUGGGCUCUCCUCUUCUCUCUGGGAAGCCAGAGCCCAAGUCCUCCAUUCCCAGGGAGGGAGUGCCCUCUAGGGCCAGGGGGAGUGAAGGCCUGAGGAGGCACCAGCUGGAGAAGAAGGGCAGGGCCUGGAGGCCAAGUCUGGAAGGGAAGGAGCUGCUGGCCAAUCAGGGGCGAGCCGACUGCACCCUGACCUGCUGGGCUGGGACAGCACAGAACCCACAGGGCCGCCAUCCACACUGUCCCAGUCAGAGUCCUGGGACCACAUGGGGAUGCUGCCGUGGCUUCUUGCCUUCUCCAUUCUGGGUCUCCAGGCUUGGGAUACUCCCACCAUCGUCUCCCGCAAGGAGUGGGGGGCAAGGCCGCUCGCCUGCAGGGCCCUGCUGACCCUGCCUGUGGCCUACAUCAUCACAGACCAGCUCCCAGGGAUGCAGUGCCAGGAGCAGAGCAUUUGCAGCCAGACACUGCGGGGGUUGCAGUCCCAUUCCAUCUACACCAUAGGCUGGUGCGACGUGGCGUACAACUUCCUGGUUGGGGAUGACGGCAGGGUGUAUGAAGGUGUUGGCUGGAACAUCCAAGGUUUGCACACCCAGGGCUACAACAACAUCUCCCUGGGCAUCGCCUUCUUUGGCAGUAAGAUAGGCAGCAGUCCUAGCCCUGCUGCAUUAUCAGCUGCAGAGGGUCUGAUCUCCUAUGCCAUCCAGAAGGGUCACCUGUCGCCCAGGUAUAUUCAGCCACUUCUUCUGAAAGAAGAGACCUGCCUGGACCCUCAACAUCCAGUGAUGCCCAGGAAAGUUUGCCCCAACAUCAUCAAACGAUCUGCUUGGGAAGCCAGAGAGACACACUGCCCUAAAAUGAACCUCCCAGCCAAAUACGUCAUCAUCAUCCACACCGCUGGCGCAAGCUGCACUGUAUCCACAGACUGCCAGACUGUCGUCCGAAACAUACAGUCCUUUCACAUGGACACACGGGACUUUUGUGACAUUGGAUAUCACUUCCUGGUGGGCCAGGAUGGUGGCGUGUAUGAAGGGGUUGGAUGGCACAUCCAAGGCUCUCACACUUAUGGAUUCAACGAUAUUGCCCUAGGAAUUGCCUUCAUCGGCUACUUUGUAGAAAAGCCUCCAAAUGCUGCAGCACUGGAGGCAGCCCAGGACCUGAUCCAGUGUGCCGUGGUUGAGGGGUACCUGACUCCAAACUACCUGCUGAUGGGCCACAGUGACGUGGUCAACAUCCUGUCCCCUGGGCAGGCUUUGUAUAACAUCAUCAGCACCUGGCCUCAUUUCAAGCACUGAAGGAGGCCCCACUCCCUCUGAGACUGCCCUCCCUCCCCUACCGGGUCUCUCCAAUCCUCAUCAGCCAAGCUGGCUCAGCACCUUGUGUCCCCCUCCCCUGCCAGCCCAUCCUUUCUCAGGUUCGAAUGGUCAUGUCCUUUCCUGCCAACAUCCUCCAAGAGCCCCCAAACCUCACAGCUGGGCAUUCACAGCCCUCUUGGUCUGAGUUUAGACUUCCCCUCUCUUCACCUACUUCUCCCCUGGGCACCUACCUCCUCAGUCAGGCGAGACAAUGGGUUGGUACUUGUGGCAUUUCUCUCUCUCUCCCUGCAACCCCUGUCUCCUCUUCUUUCUUUCUCUCUUUCUUUCUUUCUUUCUUUCUUUCUUUCUUUCUUUCUUUCUUUCUUUCUUUCUUUCUUUCUUUCCUUCUUUCUUUCUUUCUUUCUUUCCUUUCUUUCCUUCCUUUCCUUCCUUCCUUCCUUCCUUCCUUCCUUCCUUCCUUCCUUCCUUCCUUUCUCUUUCUUUCCUUCUUUCUCCUUCUUCCUGCUUUCUCACUCUCUCUCUCGCUUUCUCACUCUCUCUCUCUCUCCCCCCCUCCGCCUGGUGAGCCUUCCCUGUUUUCUGCCUGGAAGCCCCCACCCUUCAUCCCUCACCCAUGACCUAGGUCAGUGUGCCCACCCCUCCUCUCUGCUCACACAUGGACUGGUACAUAUUUGGAUGCAGCCCUUACUUAAGGGCUGUAAUUAUUUAUAGAUAUGAUUUAUAGAUAUGUCUGUCCUCUCCUCUGGGUUGUAAGUUUCUCCAAGGGAGGAAUUCUAUUUUAUUCAUCUCUGUCCUCAGUUCCUCAGCAGUGUUUGGAGUUUAAUAGGUUCUACAGAUGUUUGUUAAAGAAAUGGAUGAAUAAAUGAAUGAGUGGA